AUGACGCAUGGUCCGACUGUCUGGCUGUUGUACCAAGUGGCCUGGGCUGAGGAUUUGCGAAGGGCAAGGUACGGCACUCGAUACCAACCCCCUGAAGCAAUAGAAAGCGGUCACAAGAAUGUCAGCUUCAUCAAAAGCCUCGGCAAGGUCAGGAAAAAUUCUGAAGUGUUCACACUGAAGCUGAAGCAUGUCAAUAAGUACGGGGCAAUGAUCAACACUCGGUUUGUGAAGAUACGCCGACUGCCAGAUGUGCCUCAUUUAUUUAGACCGCUUCAGACGGGUAGGAUUUUCUGCUGUCUUGGCAGCGUCUCCGAGCCCGCAUGGGGACGGGAUCUCAGUCAUGACAGCCAGGAGUUAUGGGUGUGGGCCGUUCAGGCUUUUGUGAUACAGGGAUCAGCCGUAGCUGCUCAGGAAUUGACGUCUACUGCCCAGCCAGAGUCGGCUGACGUCGAACUCAAAAAAUUUUGCACCCGCGGUGUAGUUGAUUGAUCUUGAUUUCUGAUUUAUGGCCGCAGAAAAAAUGUGAGGAGGGUGUUUUUUCGCUUUAAGACAUGGCAACCAACAACGGUUUUUCUCUUGUCAGAUACAUACUAAUACAAUUACCAACAGAGCCCGUCUACCCUCUCAAAAAAAAAAUAAGAAACGAAGGAACUCUGUGUGGAAUUUGAGAGAGCUUCGAUCUGAGAUUGCUU